GUGAAUGGAGUGAAAUCGAAGUGAGCAGUGUUCAAACCGAAGGAGCAUUCGGAAGGGCAUUCGGAAGGGUUUCUGAUCACGGAAACCUGCUCCUGCCAGUGGGUGUUCGAGGGUUCCACUUCUUUUAUUUCGUCUUUUUCUACUUACAACUCACCUUAAAGCUCGCCGGAGACCGAAAGGGCUUGCUUUCUCGUGCUCUCCAAUCGGUACCAAUUGCGAUUUAACACCGCGUUCCGUCUCGUGUCGGCGAACACACAAAAGAUAGAAGGAUUAAUCCGUAUUCGGUCACCGUGAAUUCCCCGAUUGUUCAAAAUAUUUUCACUGUGAGUUGGCAAUCGUAUGCUCACACAGGUAGCAGCGUAUCAUCGAUGUAAACAUUGAUGACCUAACGCACUGAUAACGAUAACGAGCAAGGAACUGUGCGGUGCAAUCAGUUUUCGUUUCCCCGUGACCUCUUGACCGUGAUUGCGUACCAGUGGACGCCUGUGGUCAGGAGACCCCCGUGAAGUUCUACAAAAAAAAAACAGUAACCAGUCCACGGUUUUAUCCACCGGACAACGGUAACUCUACAAGAAAGGAAAUAAAGGAUUCCUUUAACGUAUUGCUCAUUGCAACCGGAUAGAGGUCAGACUAAUGUGCGACGAACAGACGCCCGAAUCAUCUCCAGCAACCACACCAUCCUCAGGACGCCCCUUCAUGCCACUCCCGUUGGAUCUUAAUGCGGAUCGGAAGAAACCAGCGAAACGGCUUACCUUCCUAGGCCAGAAUGUGUCAAAUUCCGUGAGCGAUCGGACGAGGGAACGGAUUCGGAUGCAGGCUGCCGCCGGCAAGCUACAAAUCGCCCCGAACCAAACGUACGAUUUCACUUCGGACGAUCUGCUCGAUGAGGGCGAGAUCGGACGCGGUGCGUUUGGGGCAGUUAACCGGAUGAACUUUACGCACACCGGCACGGUGAUGGCGGUCAAGCGCAUCCGAUCGACGGUCGACGAAAAGGAACAAAAGCAGCUGCUGAUGGACCUGGAUGUCGUGAUGAAAUCGAACGGUUGCAACACGAUCGUCACGUUUUAUGGCGCACUCUUCAAAGAGGGUGACUGUUGGAUCUGCAUGGAGCUCAUGGAUACGUCGCUGGACAAGUUUUACAAAUUUAUCUGUGAGUGUCAACAGAAUCGCAUUCCGGAGCCCAUCCUAGCGCAGAUUACACUGGCGACGGUGCGGGCGCUAAAUUAUCUGAAGGAAAAGCUGAACAUCAUCCAUCGGGACGUGAAGCCGAGCAAUAUACUGCUGAAGCGCAAUGGAGACAUUAAGUUGUGCGAUUUUGGAAUUUCCGGCCAGCUGGUGGACUCGAUUGCACGGACAAAGGAUGCGGGCUGUCGGCCUUACAUGGCGCCGGAGCGUAUUGAUCCCCAGCGAGCCAAGGGGUACGACGUGCGAAGCGAUGUAUGGUCGCUGGGAAUCACGUUGAUGGAAGUAGCCACCGGGAAGUUUCCCUACCCGAAGUGGGGUUCUGUAUUCGAACAGCUGCAGCAGGUUGUCGAGGGGGACCCGCCGCGACUAUCUACCUCCUCUAAUGGAAUGGAGUUUUCGAUAGAUUUUGUAAAUUUUGUAAAUACUUGCUUAAUAAAAGACGAACGCGACCGUCCCAAGUACGGCAAGCUGCUGCAGCACGCGUUCAUUCAGUUCGCGGAAAAAAGUGACACCAAUGUGGCGGCGUACGUGAGCGAAGUGCUAGAAUCGAUGGCCAACAAUGGAAUAACGCAGUUCACUACCAACCUUCCGGCGGAAGGGUGGAACGAAAGUUUCAACUGAACGAUCGACAAGCCUGAGGUCACUGAUCCUACUGAUCCACGAACCGUCCUCCAACCGUCCUCCUUCAGCCGGCGGUGGAUGAUCGCCGGUGGUCUACGGUACGGUUGUAGAUGAGAGCGAGCAGAUGAAGGAUCGGCUUGCAGCGAGAAGAAAAUAGGUUCCUUCCAUUCCUCCAUGAAAUUUAUUUCAACGCAAAACUGGCCUCUUUGUGUCAGCUCUCUUUUUCCUCCAUUGAGAAUUUACUUAACCGCACCGUGCUUCUCGUCUUUCGCCGUAGCAAUUUGAAAUCCUUCUCCACUUGAAACUAGUAACUGUGUUGGUAAUUGUUGAAGAUUGAUAUUGAUGCGUUUUUUUUCCCAAAAGUCUCGAAAUGUUUUUAGCUAUUUUCGUCGUUUGUUCUACGUAGAGCCGUGUCUGUUGGCUCACACCGUAUGUGAAAUAUUGCACCUUACGGUGAUCUCUGACUCCGUAGUGUUACUUGUAGAACCUUAUCUUUUUCUCUAUACAGUAGGUGAGAGUAGUGAACCAUAGCAUGGUUCCCUAUGCAUAAGAGAUAUGUAUUGUAGAUAUGUGGCAGGUCAUGCAAUGCAUAUUCCUUUUUAUUCGUCUAUAGGACAAGAAACGAGCCGAACACCAGUUCCCUGCCACUGUAUCGACGACAAUAAACGAUUCCUACAUUGAAAGUAAACUCCGCUCCACACAUUUGGCAACACACACUGCAAAGAAAAUAGUGGUGAUCAUAAAACGAACCUUUGAACGCGACAAAAUUAAAUAGUUCCAGAAACAGAUUCCAUAAGGAACUCGAAACAGUGUUGAUUACAAGAAACUCUACAACAAACCCCGGCAGCGGGAACAGAAAAGCAUACUGGGAGAACAUUAACCCAGACGCGAAGGACAACAAACAAAUUAACCACUGUCAUACACAUACACCCACUAGGCGGUUGUUGUUAGUUGUUAAAAGUGAAAUAGAUCAAUCAAUCUCUUUUGAUUCACUUUCUUUUCACUUUGAACGCAAGCAUCGUGGGUCGCGGGCAAUAACACUAGUUAUAUACAAAAAGAAAAAAGCGACCUAUAGGAAGUGUCAGUGAACCGUAACAAAAUUUAUGAACAUUCUUUAUAAAGCUAAACCUUCCGUAAGCACACAAUGUCACACCUGUGAGUAGGUCGCUUAUAGUAGAACAAAUAACGUAUUGUGGAAAUGUUAGUUGGAUUUUUAGUAACUAGAAAAAAAGUUCAUAAAAAGUAAAACCGUUGCACGGAAGGGAAGACAGAGUAAAAAAAUCACAAAGUUCCACAAGACGUCGAUAACGUAAUGGCUGUUUGCCAACCGUCUACCUUGAAACUAUUACUAUUUAGUAGGACAAUUUUUGUUGUAACAUUCAAUGUGCUUUCAUGAUUCCCUUUUAGACAUACGUUUAUUUUUGUUUUAUUUACAUUGAUACGAUGCUUUCUUUUAUUUAGCAUAGGGUUACACGUGCAUGUGCCUGGUUCAGUCUUAGUCAGCCUAGCUCGAGUUCGCACCGUGUUUGGUUCGGCCACCACCACGACGGUAACAUUGAUGUUUUGUGCGCUGUGUUAUAUUAGUUCUUCGAUUCCGUAAACUAAACGUGCCCUUUAUUAACCCUAGGUAAUGUUGCGCGUUUUUAUGCACACUAUUUAUCCGCGCUUUUUUCUACUGUGGUUGCCUUACGAAAAUAAGAAGAGCGUGAAAGCUAUGAAGAGAGAAAGAGAGAGCGAACAGAGUGAAACAGAGAAAGAAAUAGCAAAAGGGUUAGGAGUAAGUGGCCGUUGAAGAUAACAUUUAUAUUUAGCAAUCCAAAACCCUUCUACUAUUAGAUUCCGCUUCCGGCGCCAACCGUUGUGCAAGUUAAAGCACCGGGAAAAGGGGAGCCUAGACAAGGCGACGGCUAGGUAUGAUCGUCCCGCAGUGUUACAGUUUCCUGCUUCACUAGCAUUCAUUUUGCAAGCAACUUGAUUGAAUCCUGACUCCAUUCUAUUUACACCGAAGUGAUAAAACAUAAGAAGAGAGGUACGCAUUGCGAUGAGCUUUACCGUAGUUGUUUUGUAGUGCCGGAAGUGAACGACAGUAAAGGCGACAUAAGAAAUGAAACGGAAAGUCAGAGCCUGGGCUACGCGGAAUGCUCUUUUGGUACGUGGGAACGAAUACGCGUUGUCUAGUAAUAUGUUUUGUGUGUAAGUUUUAACCGCUAAUAUUCGAGAGAAAUAUGAAAAGAAUCCCUGAAGCAAGAGACAUAACGAGAGAGCGAAAGAGAGAGCUAUUAGUCGAACUAAUGUGCGGAAGACAAGUGGCAGAGGAUAAUAAUACGAUAAUAAUAAUAAUGAUAGUAACUAAAUCAAUAGUAACCACUAAUAAAAUAUGCAUGAACGGAACAAGCCAUCGCAGGGAUGACGUCGCGUGAGUCCUUUUCACGGGAGCCUGAAACAAACAAGCAAUAUCCUCGCCACGGCGCAGGAUGUAGACAAGGUGCACUGUAACACCACACAUACCAUCCACGCAAACGUAACAAUAAAAGAAAACAACAGAUAUUGUAUCGCAUCGAACAACCGGGACCGUUCUGGAAAACGCAAUGUAUUACAGAGAAAGAUCGAGCGAGUAGGGUGUAAAGAGGAUUUAAGUAAACUAAACAAUCUAUGAGUAGUAGUGUACUAGUUUGCCGCACGAUGCGAGGCCGAAGAUUUCAAAGCAACUUGAAAAUGAGUAAAAUAAAAAAAAUCACAUA